AUGGCACAUAGUUCAAGGCAGGCGUCUCUUGCCUUAAUCCUGGCCUCAGAGGCUGAAAGACAAGGCAGGAUGGGUAGAAGGCAGGGCUUGGAGAGGAACCAGCCCUGGCUCCACCCUUCCCACGUCAGAGCCAUGGGGAGCCCAGGUCCUGGUGGGCCACCCCAGGUGCAAGUGCCCUACACUGUUCUGCUGCUUCCACUGGGGACAAGCCGCCAAGACCCAGGGGCCCCGAGCUGCUUCCUCUGGCUGCAGAUGAUGCAGGCUCUGGAGAGGGAACAAGACGCUCUGUGGCAGGGCCUGCAGCUGCUGGAGCAGGGCCAGGCCUGGUUCACAGACCACCUAAGGGAGGCACAGCAGAGGCAGCUGCAUCUGGGGGCCCUCGGUGAGGAUUUUCUAAUGAACUUAGACUCAGCGACUGACUCCCCACAGCUCACCCAGAUUCAAAAGGUGAACGCUUGUUUGCGCCCUCUGAUUCAGUCGCGGGGCUGGUUCCUGCCUGGCCCAGAGCCAAGGGAGGAGAGCUUGUGGUAGCAACGGACAGACCCUGGCCCACAGGGGAAGCAGGGGCCAGUCUGGUUCUCUCUCCUGUAGGAGUUGUCACAGCAGCAAAAAGAACAGACCCAGUCCAGGGAAGAGGGAGAGGUGGCUCAGACAGGCUGCCCCCAGGGGCAGAGGCGCCUGACCCGCGUGUGA